UCCACAAAAGUAAACCGUCAACAUGUUCUCCAAGGCCAUCAUCGCUGCUGCGGCGGCUUCCCUCGUCGCUGCUCAGCGCCCAGCUGAUACCCCCAUCUGCGACUACUACACCACUGCUCUCCUCAAGGAGAACAAUGCCACCAACCAGUACACUCUGUUGACUCUCCUCGUCAACACUGCCGUCAUUGGCAACUACACCCAGCCCAACAUGAAUGCCGUCCCCGGUAUCUUGAACCCCAACGCGACCUACGAGGGCCGCCCCGUCAACCUUGUCCCAUACUUCAGCGGCGGUCUCGCCUCGACCAACCGCAACGGAGAGGCUGCUUCCGUCAACUUCCUCGACGGUGGCGGUGCCGCUCCCCUCAUGGAGAACAAGCCCGCCAACGACGAGAACUCUCGCCAGUAUCGUCUCCUCACCCACUUGUACCAGUACUUCGGUGCUCUCCUCGGCUGCUCCGAGUACGGCAACAUGGGAUUCCCAGCCUACAUGGGCGACACCGGCAUGGCCGAGGUCCAUCGCUUCAUGGCUCUGACCGCCGACGAGAACGAGUACUUCAUCCAGCAGGUCGGUCUCUCCGCCGCCUCCUUCGGCGUGACCGAGGACGAUGUCACUGCUGUUGGCAAAGCCCUCACCGACACCUUCAACUACCGCUGCGCACCAGCGGCCGCUGUCCUCCCCAAGGCCGAGCCCGAGCUCCAGGCCAUUUGCCAGGCUGAGGACUGCCCUAUCUCCCCCAACGCCACCUGCGACGCCUACCCAGCUGUCAUGAAGCCCGCAGAGGCCACCUCUCCCGCUUCCGGCGGCAACAGCUCCAUGGACGGUACCGCUACCAUGUCCGCCCCAGCUGGCGCCACUUCCACCCCUGCCUCUUACACUGGUUCCGCCGCCAAGGCUGCCGCUGGUGUCGCUGCCAUCGGUGGCGCCAUCUUCGCCGCUUUCUUGUAAGAGGUUGUGGUCUGAUAUCCUGAUACCCCCUGGCUCUGCAAUCGGAGCAACGAUGUCCAUGGAAAGAUGAAGGAACACAAACACGUCGAUCAUUUGUACGAUGAUGAGAGAUGUAUAAUGUUAAUUUUUUCAAAAUGUCAAUACCUUUUGAUCUCUUUG